AUGCACGAUGACCUAAGAAACAAGUUUUUGGAUAUGCACAACUACCGCAGAGCUCAACUGGCAAAAAGCAAUAUUGCCAAAAAGAACUGCAACUACUUACCUCAAUCUUCUGACAUGCAAAGAAUGAGAUACGAUUGUGCUUUGGAAAACAACGCUGCUGACUAUUUGAGUACAUGUCCGUCAUCCAAAUCAGCUGAGUCCUUGCGACCAGGUGUUGGAGAAAAUUUCGUCCGUGUCUCUCAGGAGGGAUUGGCGACUUAUAUGGCUGCAGCUCAGAAUGCUGUAAGUUCGUGGUGGAAAGUGAUACGCUUUGAGGAAGGUCCUGGUCUACAAGUUUAUUUCAGACAAAAGCACAUCGGCACUGCUAUAGAAUCUUUUACGCAGAUGGCAUGGUCUACAUCUCGCAAGCUUGGCUGCGCCAUCGCAAAUUGCGGCAACGAUUACAUCGCAGCCUACCGAUACUCACCUAAAGGUAAUCAUGUGGACCAAGUAAUCUACGAAAAAGGAACUCCUUGCACAGCUUGCGCAGCCGGUUCCUGGUGCACGGAAGAUGCACUCUGCACCUUACCAUAA